AUCGUUCUGUCCGUGGAACAGCACGAGCGACCAUUGUCCCGGAUUGGAAAUGAGAGGGUCCUCCAGCUCCAUCGGGGUGCCGAAGGGAGUGAAUCGGCGUUCGGCAUGCGGGAGUUGUUACUGUGGUUGUUGCAUCCGUUCAGCCGGUGGAAGAAAGAAAAGCUCUGAAGUGCCGAGUUUCAUCCUAUGCCGCUUAUCUCAUUUACUUGUUUAAUGAAAGGUAAUUACUAGUAGGUAAACCGAAGCCGAAGAUCCGUCUUGUCUAUCUGUCAUCCCUUGUCUUUCUUUCUUUAUAAAUGGCAGCUCGGCGUUUCGACGCGAGGCAACGACCCAACUGGACAGGUGGAUGGCAGGAUUUCAAAACCGCUCAUCUUGCAAGGGCACGGAUAAUUCGACAGAUAUUACUAUUUCCGGUCAGGCAUCAAUGUUUCGAGGCGAAACUUAAAAGGGUACUCUUGCCAUUUGUCCGUCCUUUGACAGGUCGCCAUCGCGGUUAGGUAGAUAGAUCCCCUUUCCUGCACUGUCGAACACCAUGCAAAGACUUUAUUAAUAGCUAAUAAAUGGAAUUAUGACUCCGUGCUGUCUUCAUAAUUGCUCAAUAACUAUCCCUAGCUGCAUCUACUUGCUGCAGUGUCUUCUGGCGGUGACAGGGUCUGCAGGAUCCUUUCUUCCACCUCUUUGUUGUUCAAACCAAGUCUUUCGUUCCCGGAUUGAAUGGAAUGGAUUGUUCUCUCUUUAUCGAGUCUACCGGUUCCUGAUGACAGCAGAGAGCGGAAUGCAGCCAAAUGCCGUUAUGAAUAUUAUUGCAAGGUGGCCACGGAGUACCUAGAAUCUAGCUGCCUACUACUAAUCGUUAUGACCGGCUGCAUGCAUGCAUGCUCGAGUCAAGUCUAUAGCAAUAUGUUUCUGCCUUCCCAGAUAUCGACUCUAUUGGAACCUCCGAUCAGGACGUCGUCGUCGUUGAUUGGCAUUCACAGCCGACAAGGAUGUACAGCGCUGUAGACCGAGGCAGCAUGCGCCAGCGCCAAAUGGCGAGCAUGCGAUGUUUUGAGCGAAAACAAAGAUUCGAUCCUUAAACUGCAUACAUUGAUUAUGAACAUAGGCAGCAGGAUUUAUCCUCUUCAGUUUCCGGUCCCCGACUUUCUCUACCCGCGUUCAACUUGCCAUCACUCCUUUCUGACGUGGCGUUUAGGGUUCGCUGCUAUCCCGCAUAACAACAGCUUGCAAGAGUCUUUCAUUUGACAUGCGAACAAGCACAUGCCAUUAAUAAUUGGAUAUCUGGCUUGUUGUAGGAGCUUCUUCUGCAUUCUACAGAGGACUGUCAAUUGUAUUUAUACACCGAUGGAUGCCAGGAGGUUGGAAUCUUGUCUUGUACUAUAGUUACUUCCCCAGAUAUCUAUCCAUCCAUAUCUAUUCUCAAUCCUUCGAAUAUAUUCCAGCUGAUUUUGUGAAAAUGCCCGCCUCUUUCCCCCAGCCCAGUAUUAACCCUAUGUGGAGUGUCCAUCUUGGACUGGAUCAAAGACCUUUCCUCGCAUUCGACUAUCCUCCCCGCUACUCAUUGCAUGACAGUUCCGCAUCGGAGGAAAAUGUGAACACUGACAGCAACGAUAACGGCAAUGACCAGACUCGCACUGAGGAUGAGACUCCCGGAUGCAGCCGCAGGCACCGGAACCAUGCCUCGAGGACCAGACACAGACGCGGACACAGAAACAGACAGCAGACAUCUGCUGGGUCGGGGGCCGAAGAAGGAAGACCUCCCAGAGUGGGACUUCCAUUUAGCGACCUUCUCAACCCCUCUUCACUGGCAGCAUCACUCUUCCAACGACUAACCUCCCAGGCCGUACCGGGAGCAGUAAAUAACCGCCUCCUCGAACAAUUCUGGCACAACUACCAACGCGCGUGGAACUCAUACCAAAACCAAGUCGACUUCACCCCACGCGUCGACAUCUUCUCCACCCCCGAGAAAUACACCGUGCACAUCUCCCUCCCCGGCGCGAAAAAGGAGAAUGUCAAUGUCCACUAUGAGCCGUCCGAGUCCACAUUACAGGUGCAUGGGGUGGUGCUCAGGCCUGGUAUUGAUGAGGGAUUGAACUCGGCGCUUGUCCUGGAUGAGAGGAGGGAGGAGACGGGUGCGUUCGAGAGGGAGAUUCGGCUGGGGGAAAAGGAGCCGGCGAAUGUCGAUGUUGGGAGUAUCACGGCGCGGUUGGCGGAUGGGGUGUUGGUUGUUACUCUUCCACGGGCGCCGGGGGAGAAGAAGAAGGUUGUUGUUGAGGAUGGGGGGAAGGGGAAGGACGAUGGUAAUGCUGCUUCUGAUUCUUCUUCUUCUUCCGAUGCUGCUGCUGCUGCUGCAACGCCUGCCGACCCUGGCGUCCCUGGAAAAACUCCUGCUGCGACUGCAGCUGCGGCUGCACCUCCAUAUUCGGCGAGCGUGCAGAGUGAGACGGAGAAAGGGGAUGCAGAGGAGAAAGAGAAACUUGAUCCUGCUCAGGACCGCCGGGAUCUGACUCCGGUUGACUCUGAAGAGAGUGAUUCGGAUACAGUUUCAGAAUUAGAUGAUGGUGAUGAUGGCGGUCGAGAAUUUGUCAAGGUUAAUAUUGAGAAGGCCGAUUGAUUAAUUAGGCUCUCUCGAUUAUUAUCAGCAGUAUAAUAGCGGCUUGAUCUCGACUCAUUAUGUUUGUUUCAGUUCAAGGCAUCAAAGGAUCAUCUUUCAUCAAUAACCAUGGAUCAUGGCCCGGCAGGCUUGUGGUACUACUGCUGUAAAACAUGCUGAAAUUUCUUUUGUAGAUCACAACAUCCACAGUUGUUC